AUGGGCACAUGUACUGGUCUUAAAUGCGCAAAAAUCAAUUACGACACCCUCGUCGACGAACUCGACGAAGCUAAUAACUACACAGGCAUCACCUACUGCACCGAAUCCUGCGGUGGAUUAGGCUGCUCUUGCGGUUACCCAUCAUCAGGCUGCCUCUUCUAUCGCAUAUAUCAUAUACCCCUCGACGACAAUGUCUACGAAGUGUUUCAAUGCCCAUCUUGGUUCCAGACCAUAUCGAUCAAUGUGCAGACUCAAGGCACUAGCCAUAUAUCGCAAAAUAUUGAACUAAAACCCUAUACUAAAAAACGCAUUGCAAACACAACAUUUGAAAUUACAAGCAUUUCUUCUACACCACUCUCCAUCCUUCAUCAACGAUUUAUCAGCAAUAACCAGACAACAGCGUAUGUUCACACAGAAACCGACGCAUGCAACGCUAACCCAAAUAAACCACAUAACGGCACCCACACUAAUGAUUGCAUUAUCAAAGAUACCUGUAAAUGCAAUCCUGCUGAAGAUUUCGUCACCUGCUAUUGCACCAACAAUAACGUUUCCCACAUCACCCAACUUUCCAAUACCCUUCCUCUUCCUAUACCAAACGGCCUGGUAUCCACUGAAGGCCUCAACAAAAUACCUACCGUAAGGACAACCGCUAUAUCCGUUGACCUCAUGCUUACACUAAACGCCAACAUAUCCAAUAUCAAGCAAGAAAUACAAGAUUUUCAGUGCCUUAUUCUUCCACAACAUUUUCUCGGAUGCUACAACUGCGUGAAAGGUUCCCUAGCUACAAUUCUUUGUAAAUCUGACACUUCCCAGUCCAUUGCACAAGUCAAUUGUGGACAACAGACAUUCACAUUGACCUGCAGUCUAUCGGGUACCUCCAACAAUGUGCGUCUAUUUUUUAACAAAGCCCGAAGUACAUGA